UAUAAUGGAGGACUUGCCGCCGUGGAGGAAAGAAAAAAGGGCUCCGCCUGUUUGUUUCUCUGUAAAGUCAAUUGAAUUAUAAAAAAAAAAGAAUGGCUAAGUGGCUAGGGUGGGUGGCGUGUAUAGUAUAGGAAGGGUGAUUGGUGAUUAGUCACCAAACCAAAGCAGUUACCCUAGCCAUGCACUUAAUUCCCUUCCAGAGCACUGUGUUCUCAAUAAAUAAAUAAAUAAACGAGAAGAGUACAUUUAACAAACAUGGCAAGCUCAAUGGUGUUGGCUUUGAAACAAGUAUGAUAACGAGGCCAACAAAUGGCUUGAGAUGGAAUAGUUGAUGUCAAAACUACUUAGUCCAUAGUCCUCAUGCACUAAGUAGUUGGGGGGCAUUUGUUUACCACUAAAAAAAUCACUCAAUACCACAUUGAUUAUUUUCAAGGAGUGGUAGUGAUUUAUAACGCCAACUUAACCAUAUUAAUUAAAUUGGUGUAGGUUGGGCCUAAAUAAUGGUAUUUUGGGCUUCAUACCAUGUCAAGCGUUGACACCCUUCAACAUCAACCACCCAAGUGGGCACCCCACCAUACUUAGCCUAAUUUUCGAGUUACCAGUCGCCUACCUACCUUGCGGGUAAUUACCCCUAGACAUGAUGGGUCGAAGAAAGCCAAAAUUUGGCUAAGUGUUGAGACCCACAACACAAGGGGGGUCAUGCAUGACAUCGCACAAGGGGGUUCAUGCAUGACACCAUCCAAGGGGGUCAAGCACAAGGGGGGUCAAGCAUGAUACCAUCCAAGGCGAGUGGAGUAUGACGAGACACGAGCUAGCUGUGGUAGCAAAGAGGGCCAAAAUUUGGCUAAGUGUUGAGACCCACAGCACAAGAGGGUUCAUGCAUGACACCAUCCAAGGGGGUCAAGCACAAAGGGGGUCAAGCAUGACACCGUGCAAGGAGGCCAAAAUUUGGCUAAGUGUUGAGACCCACAGCACAAGGGGGGUCAAGCAUGACACCGUGCAAGGAGGCCAAAAUUUGGCUAAGUGUUGAGACCCACAACACAAGAGGGGUCAUGCAUGACACCAUCCAAAGGGGUCAAGCAUGAUACCAUCGAAGGGGGUAUAGCCGCCUACCAGGUAUCAAAGCGUGUGGCAAGGGGAGAAGGGCAACGCAAGUCACUAGACCAUGAUGGGGAAGAAAGCCAAAAUUUGGCUAAGUGUUGAGACCCACAGUACAAGAGGGGUCAUGCAUGACACCAUCCAAGGGGGUCAAGCACAAAGGGGGUCAAGCAUGACACCGUGCAAGGAAGGCGAAAAUUGGCUAAGUGUUGAGACCCAUAGCACAAGGGGGGUAAUGCAUGACGUCGUCCAAGGGGGUCCUAGCACUAGGGUGUCAAGCUUGGCAGCCAAGCAAGGCGACAAGGCUCAAUACCAACCCGAUCCAACAUCGAGGCCAUCAAGCACCCACCAACCCCAAGACGGGCCAAGGAGCUCAAAGGCAAUGGAGGUGAAGACCAAGACAACGGUUACCAAGGUGGUUACCAAGGUGGUUACCAAGGCAGUUACUCCUAGUGGCUAUAAAUAAGAGAAGCGAAAACGGGAAAAGGGUUCCACAACCAAUCAUUUGACACACGAUGUCAAAAUUUAUCUUUUCCCUGCAAAUCAGCUUUUAGUUUUCGGAGCUCUCACUGAACCUCCAUAGGAGUAGAGUAACGUAGCUUGUUCCCAAAAAACCAUCAAAACAUCAAACACCCUCGUUCGAACAUUGUUCGCAGAGGAGUGAACCGUGUAAUUAUCGUUGUUCAAGAAGUCAAAGGUGCAUUUAUUGAGUUCAAACACCAGUUUUUCCUCGCCGGAAAACACCAUCAUUUGAAUUUAAGCAAGCCACACAACAUAGCAAUUCAAUGUUCACCUCAUCAAAACGGUUGUUAAACUCUUAUAACGACAUAUCCACAACUGUGUAAAAUAACUCAACCUUGUAAUGAUGCAUAUUUGUGAUCUAUUAAGCAUUUCUCCUUAAUCUUCCCGAAACAUAUAAAUCAUCCUCGACAGGGCAUUCCAUAGAGCAAAUCUGUACUCCUCUCUAUGAUCGUCGAUCUAUUGGGUUGUAGUCAUAAUGUAGCCCCCUCUUAGAAGUCCUCUUGGAGAAGUAACGAAUGUGUACCUCAAAAGGUUGUCAACCACCAACCAUGCUGAACAAAGCUACCAGUUGUUCGGAAAAGCAUUAUACAAGAUCAUGUAAUUGGUGGUCACCUUCCCAAUAUCUCCUUUCUGCCUCAUGUGAAAGUUGGUUCGGCCAGUGCAUGAACUAUAGGAAUGGCAGCCAAAUGCACGGUGGUGGUGAAUAGCCAACAGCAAACUCAGCCUCCUGGCUCCUUGUUAUGGUCUUUCAUAGCUCUCGGAUAAUCAUUGUCUACAUUAUGGGCUGCCAAUAAGCUCCAAGAAUAGAGUUAGAGAGUGCUCCUCUCACAUGAUAGGAUGGAAUCUCUAGCUUCACAAUGAAGCUAUCAUAACUAUUGUUGAAGUGUCAUCCCGCCAGCCUAUAUGAGAUGCAUCUCUGGCUCGAGUCCCUUGUUGGGGGUCCUGGAACUCUCUCGUGAGCACGUCAUUUCUCUAUCCUCUGAUGUUUUUUUUUUUUACAAAAGAUAAUCAUAUAUUGAUUGAACAAAAUAGACAGUUACAUCCUGGAACUCAUCCAGGCUUGAUAAUCAAACAAACGACUUGUAGUCGGGUACAAAGACAUGGCUUUUCGAGUCACCAAAUGAGCUACCCUAUUGUUACGCCAAAAAGCUGAACCACCUCCUCAAGAAUCGACCCCAUUCGAUUAUCCCUAACAUCCCGCCGAAGAAUCUAUUCUCUGAUGCUGAAUAGUGACAAGAGACCAAUCUUAUCAAGUCUAUUUCUCAUUGCUACUCCCCAUCCUUGGUACAGGUCGAAGUUUGGUCAGCUAAUCUCUCCUUGGGGGUCAACUAGUAUGUAUCUCUUCUUGGCACUGAAACUUCCAUAGGGAAAUUGGAGGAAAGUAUGCAAGGGUGCCUUUGGUGUAUUCUCUCUUAUCUCCAACUCGUUGUUAGUCUCAAACACCUCUGCUCUUGGUGGCAGUCGUCCACUCCUGAUUCUUGACCUCCUGCUAUCAAGUGAUAGCCUUUCACUAUUAUUGCUAAAGGAGAUCUAAACGAACCGAUAUUGAGAACUCGAGUUCCUCGAAUCCUCCUCCUCUUCUUUCUCGAUCACUGACUCCCUCCUAUUGAGUCGUGCAGACCGUCAAGGUGUUGCAUACUCUGGGCUCCACUCAUGGUGGACCAGGAUGUCGUGGCCCUCGUGAAGAAGAAACACCACCAUCUCCCUUACUCUUAUGCUUAUUAAGCCAUCCAAUUAUGUGAUUCUUCAUUAAUCUGCUGAAUAGAAAAGCAACAAAGUUAGUAAAAUAAAUAGGGAAUAACCCCACACUUUAAGA